GUGGUGGUGGUGCCUGCGGGAGGAGCUGGCAGCGUGCGGACGCCACUCUCUCGCCGCGAGGAGCGCAGCCCUUUCUCCGCUGUCUCUGGGCUCAGGUCCCCAAUUCUAAAGCACAAUGUCGCAAAGAGAUGCAGAUAAGUAUCUUUAUGUGGACAAAAACAUCAUUAAUAACCCCUUGACUCAGGCUGACUGGGCAGCUAAGAAGCUGGUAUGGGUUCCCUCAGAGAAGAAUGGGUUUGAGGCAGCUAGCCUGAAGGAAGAAGUAGGAGAUGAGGCCAUUGUGGAACUGGCAGAGAAUGGGAAGAAAGUGAAAGUAAAUAAGGAUGAUAUCCAGAAGAUGAACCCCCCCAAAUUCUCUAAAGUGGAAGAUAUGGCGGAGCUGACAUGCCUGAAUGAAGCUUCUGUACUUCACAAUUUGAAGGAGAGAUACUACUCAGGACUGAUCUAUACCUACUCAGGCCUGUUCUGCGUGGUAAUCAAUCCUUAUAAGAACCUGCCCAUAUACUCAGAAGAAAUAGUGGAGAUGUACAAAGGCAAAAAGAGACAUGAGAUGCCCCCUCAUAUCUAUGCCAUCACAGACACAGCCUACAGGAGUAUGAUGCAAGAUCGAGAGGAUCAGUCCAUCCUUUGCACAGGUGAAUCGGGAGCUGGUAAAACGGAGAACACCAAGAAGGUCAUUCAGUAUCUGGCUCAUGUUGCUUCCUCACACAAGUCUAAAAAAGACCAGGGAGAACUGGAGAGACAGUUGCUCCAGGCUAAUCCUAUCCUGGAGGCCUUUGGAAAUGCCAAGACAGUAAAGAAUGAUAACUCCUCAAGAUUUGGCAAGUUCAUCAGAAUCAACUUUGAUGUCAAUGGCUACAUUGUUGGAGCUAAUAUCGAGACCUAUCUACUGGAGAAAUCGCGUGCAAUUCGUCAAGCCAAAGAGGAGAGAACCUUCCACAUCUUUUACUACCUGCUGUCUGGGGCAGGGGAGCAUUUGAAGACUGACCUGCUGCUGGAGCCUUACAAUAAGUAUCGCUUCCUUUCCAAUGGGCAUGUUACGAUCCCGGGUCAGCAAGACAAAGAUAUGUUUCAGGAGACCAUGGAAGCGAUGAAGAUCAUGGGCAUCCCAGAUGAGGAGCAGAUAGGUCUGCUGAAGGUUAUCUCGGGUGUUCUUCAACUUGGAAACAUAGUCUUCAAGAAGGAGCGUAAUACAGACCAAGCCUCUAUGCCAGACAAUACAGCUGCUCAGAAAGUGUCUCACCUUUUGGGUAUCAAUGUGACGGAUUUCACUAGAGGUAUCCUAACUCCUCGCAUCAAAGUUGGACGAGAUUAUGUCCAGAAAGCUCAAACCAAAGAGCAGGCUGACUUUGCCAUUGAAGCACUAGCUAAAGCCACUUAUGAACGUAUGUUCCGGUGGCUGGUUAUGCGUAUCAACAAAGCAUUGGAUAAGACCAAGCGACAGGGUGCAUCCUUCAUUGGAAUCCUUGACAUUGCUGGCUUUGAGAUUUUUGAGCUGAACUCCUUUGAGCAGUUGUGUAUUAACUACACAAAUGAGAAGUUGCAGCAGCUCUUUAACCACACCAUGUUCAUUCUGGAGCAAGAGGAGUACCAGAGGGAGGGCAUAGAGUGGAAUUUCAUUGACUUUGGCCUGGAUCUGCAGCCCUGCAUUGAUCUCAUAGAGAAGCCGGCGGGGCCUCCUGGUAUACUGGCCCUGCUGGAUGAAGAGUGCUGGUUCCCAAAAGCAACAGACAAAAGCUUUGUGGAAAAAGUUGUACAAGAACAAGGCACCCACCCCAAAUUUCAGAAGCCAAAACAGCUGAAAGACAAAGCUGACUUCUGUAUCAUACAUUAUGCUGGCAAGGUGGAUUAUAAAGCAGAUGAAUGGCUGAUGAAGAACAUGGAUCCACUGAAUGAUAACAUUGCAACUCUUCUCCACCAGUCAUCGGAUAAGUUUGUCUCUGAGCUGUGGAAAGAUGAGAUGCAGAACGUUCAGAGAGCCUAUUUCUAUCAACACUUUCCUAUUCUUCAUCUAGAACCAGUUGACCGUAUUGUUGGACUGGAUCAGGUAGCUGGUAUGUCAGAUACAGCAUUGCCAGGGGCCUUUAAAACCAGGAAGGGUAUGUUCCGAACAGUGGGACAACUCUAUAAAGAACAGCUGGCUAAACUGAUGGCUACCUUGAGGAACACCAACCCCAAUUUUGUCCGUUGCAUUAUCCCCAACCAUGAGAAAAAGGCUGGAAAACUAGAUCCCCACUUGGUCCUCGACCAGCUUCGCUGUAAUGGAGUGCUGGAAGGAAUCCGUAUUUGUCGUCAAGGUUUCCCCAACAGAGUAGUAUUCCAGGAAUUCAGGCAAAGAUACGAAAUCUUAACUCCAAAUGCAAUUCCCAAAGGAUUUAUGGAUGGAAAGCAGGCUUGUGUGCUGAUGAUCAAAGCAUUGGAGCUGGAUUCCAACCUUUACCGAAUUGGACAGAGUAAAGUGUUUUUCAGAGCUGGAGUCCUUGCUCAUCUUGAAGAAGAGAGAGACCUGAAGAUCACAGAUGUCAUUAUUGGCUUCCAAGCAUGCUGCAGAGGCUACCUGGCUAGAAAAGCCUUUGCCAAGCGCCAACAGCAAUUGACAGCCAUGAAAGUGCUUCAGAGGAACUGUGCUGCUUAUUUGAAACUGCGGAACUGGCAGUGGUGGAGGUUGUUCACCAAGGUGAAGCCCCUUCUGCAAGUAAGCAGACAGGAAGAGGAGAUGAUGGCCAAGGAAGAAGAACUAAUAAAGGUCAAGGAGAAGCAGCUAGCUGCAGAAAAUAGACUGAGUGAGAUGGAGACCUUCCAGGCCCAGUUAAUGGCAGAGAAGAUGCAGCUGCAGGAACAGUUGCAAGCAGAAACUGAACUCUGUGCUGAAGCUGAGGAGAUAAGAGCCCGCCUGACAGCCAAGAAACAAGAACUGGAGGAGAUAUGUCAUGACCUGGAAGCAAGGGUGGAGGAAGAAGAAGAACGGUGUCAACAUCUGCAGGCUGAAAAGAAGAAAAUGCAGCAGAACAUCCAGGAACUAGAAGAGCAGCUUGAAGAAGAGGAAAGUGCAAGGCAGAAGUUGCAACUAGAAAAAGUAACUACAGAGGCCAAAUUGAAGAAACUGGAAGAAGAUGUGAUAGUUCUGGAAGAUCAGAAUCUCAAACUGGCUAAGGAGAAGAAACUGUUGGAAGACAGAAUGUCUGAAUUUACAACAAACCUGACAGAGGAAGAGGAAAAAUCUAAGAGUUUGGCCAAACUCAAGAAUAAGCAUGAGGCCAUGAUCACAGACCUUGAAGAACGUCUGCGACGUGAAGAAAAGCAGAGACAAGAAUUGGAAAAGACUCGUCGAAAGCUUGAAGGGGACUCCAGUGAUCUGCAUGACCAGAUUGCUGAGCUGCAGGCUCAGAUUGCAGAACUCAAAAUGCAGCUGGCCAAGAAGGAAGAGGAGCUGCAGGCAGCCUUAGCUAGGGUGGAAGAAGAGGCAGCUCAGAAGAACAUGGCCCUGAAAAAGAUCAGGGAACUCGAAUCCCAGAUCACUGAGCUGCAGGAAGACCUGGAGUCAGAGAGAUCAUUCAGGAAUAAAGCUGAAAAACAGAAGCGGGAUCUGGGAGAAGAGCUGGAAGCAUUGAAAACAGAGCUAGAAGAUACUCUAGAUUCUACAGCUGCUCAGCAAGAGCUCAGGUCAAAGAGAGAACAAGAAGUAACAGUUUUGAAGAAGACCCUUGAAGAUGAAGCAAAGACUCAUGAGGCUCAAAUCCAAGAGAUGAGGCAAAAACAUUCACAGGCUAUUGAAGAGCUGGCAGAGCAGUUAGAACAAACCAAACGGGUGAAAGCAAAUCUUGAAAAAGCAAAACAAGCUCUGGAAAGUGAGAGGGCUGAACUGUCCAAUGAGGUGAAGGUUCUUCUGCAGGGCAAAGGGGAUGCAGAGCACAAACGGAAAAAGGUAGAUGCUCAGCUCCAAGAACUGCAGGUGAAAUUUACGGAAGGUGAAAGAGUAAAGACGGAACUGGCUGAGAGGGUUAACAAAUUGCAGGUUGAGCUGGACAAUGUCACAGGUCUUUUGAACCAGUCUGACAGCAAAUCAAUCAAAUUAGCAAAGGACUUCUCUGCUCUGGAAUCACAGCUUCAGGAUACACAGGAGCUGCUGCAGGAGGAGACUCGCCUAAAACUAAGCCUCAGCACUAAGCUGAAGCAAAUGGAGGAUGAGAAGAACAGUUUCAAAGAGCAACUAGAAGAAGAGGAGGAGACAAAGAGAAACCUGGAGAAACAGAUCUCUAUUCUUCAGCAACAGGCAACAGAUGCAAAGAAGAAGAUGGAUGAUGGUCUGGGCUGCCUUGAGUCGGCAGAGGAAGCCAGGAAGAAGCUGCAGAAGGACUUGGAGAGCUUGAACCAGCGUUUUGAAGAGAAGACAGCUGCAUAUGACAAACUGGAAAAAACAAAGACCCGCCUGCAGCAAGAGCUGGAUGACCUCACUGUGGACCUGGAUCAUCAGCGGCAGAUUGUUUCCAACCUAGAGAAGAAACAGAAGAAGUUUGAUCAGCUUUUGGCCGAGGAGAAGAACAUCUCUGCCAAGUAUGCAGAAGAACGGGACCGUGCUGAGGCAGAAGCCCGUGAGAAGGAGACUAAGGCCCUCUCCCUGGCCAGAGCCCUGGAAGAAGCCAUAGAGCAGAAAGCUGAGCUGGAACGAAUCAACAAGCAGUUCCGUGCAGAGAUGGAAGACCUGAUGAGUUCCAAGGAUGAUGUUGGGAAAAGUGUCCAUGAGCUGGAGAAGGCUAAGCGAGCCCUGGAGCAGCAGGUGGAGGAGAUGAAGACACAGCUAGAAGAAUUGGAGGAUGAACUGCAGGCCACAGAGGAUGCCAAACUGCGGCUAGAAGUGAACCAACAGGCCAUGAAGGCACAGUUUGACCGGGACCUCCAGGGACGUGAUGAACAGAAUGAAGAGAAGAAAAAACAGCUGAUUAGACAAGUGCGGGAGAUGGAAGUGGAAUUGGAAGAUGAACGAAAACAGCGCUCUAUGGCUGUGGCUGCCAGGAAGAAGCUAGAGAUGGACCUGAAGGAUUUGGAAAGCCAUAUAGAUACUGCUAACAAGAAUCGUGACGAAGCCAUCAAGCAGCUCCGCAAACUGCAGGCACAAAUGAAGGAUUACAUGCGGGAACUGGAAGACACACGUACUUCCAGAGAAGAGAUCUUGGCACAGGCCAAAGAAAAUGAGAAGAAGUUGAAGAGCAUGGAGGCAGAGAUGAUCCAGUUGCAGGAGGAACUUGCAGCCGCUGAACGUGCCAAGCGCCAGGCCCAGCAAGAAAGAGAUGAGCUGGCUGAUGAGAUAGCCAACAACAGUGGUAAAGGGGCAUUGGCCAUGGAGGAAAAGAGACGCCUGGAGGCCCGGAUAGCUCAGCUGGAGGAGGAGUUAGAAGAAGAACAGGGCAACACAGAGAUAAUCAAUGAUCGGCUCAAGAAAGCAAAUCUUCAGAUUGAUCAGAUGAAUGCCGACCUGAAUGCUGAGCGCAGCAACGCACAGAAGAAUGAGAACGCUCGCCAGCAGAUGGAGCGCCAGAACAAGGAGCUGAAGCUUAAACUGCAGGAGAUGGAGAGUGCAGUGAAGUCCAAGUACAAGGCUACCAUCACAGCCUUGGAAGCAAAGAUAGCGCAGCUGGAAGAGCAGUUGGACAUGGAGACAAAGGAGCGCCAGGCUGCCAGCAAGCAGGUGCGCCGCGCUGAGAAGAAGCUGAAAGACAUCUUGCUGCAGGUGGAUGAUGAGAGGCGUAAUGCUGAGCAGUUCAAAGAUCAGGCGGACAAGGCAAACAUGCGCUUGAAGCAGCUGAAACGCCAGCUUGAGGAAGCAGAAGAGGAGGCCCAGCGAGCCAACGCGUGCCGUAGGAAGCUCCAGCGUGAGCUGGAGGAUGCCACUGAGACAGCUGAUGCAAUGAAUAGAGAAGUCAGCUCUCUGAAGAGCAAACUCAGGCGCGGGGACCUGCCGUUUGUUGUGACACGUCGAAUGGUCAGGAAGGGUACAGGAGAGUGCUCUGAUGAGGAAGUGGACGGCAAGGCAGAUGCUGGUGAUGCCAAAGCUACUGAAUAAGUCCUCCCAUUUGGCCCAGGUUACAUGUGAUGGAGUGACCCAUCCACCUCCCCUCUUCCACUGGACUUGCAGCAAACCCUCUCCUCCUAAAUUGGCUGGGGAUCAGCAGAGCAAGCCCAGCUCUGUGUAUCUGGAGCCAUUGGGCAUCUGUGUUUCUAGUUUCCUCCUCUUUCCAGUUUCCUAACCCUCUUUGUAUUUAAUGCCAAAGAGUCGGGGCUCUGAAAUCUGACCAGCAGUUUGGCCAUUACAAAGGCCUGUAGAACUGUCUGUGCCAUGUCUGCUGGUGAAUCCUUACACAGUUUGGAGGGAGUGGGGUUAGGGAAAGACUGUUUUCUCUGUAAAUCUCCUUUUGUCUUCAGUUCUAGCUGCAGGGAAGCUCCUUCCUGUAUUCUUUCCCCUCUCUCUUUGUUUGCUUUUGGCAAUCAUGUUCAGUGACCUCAGACUUUUGCCUCUUUCAAUCUGCCCACCCACAAGGUUUGGGAGCAGUUUCAGGAAAAACGGUGUGCUUUGGCCCUGGCAAUUGCCCUUUCUUCUUUUGCAUGUUUCCAGGGAGGGGUGAAGUGGGAAGCUCCUCUUGGGAACAGUUACCUGGAGGACUUGCCAAAGUUGUCUUUUUUUCUUUUUUUUUUUCCUCUUAUUCUUACUGUCUGGACAGAUCUCUGAAGUGCAAUGAUGUCCUGUUAGGUCUCUGCCUCUGAGUGGUUUCAUCUAAGGUAGUGUGGAUGUUAAUGACAGGCUGGGGAAGCAGAGCAAUGUCCUUGUGCUUGUCUGAGAAUCUCUGGGGGACCAAAUAUAUUUAAUGGUAAUAGACAGAAUUUAGGGGAAUUUAAUAGGGUAAUGGGCAGGGGGUGGGGGGGAUAAUGGAAGGGAAAUCCCUCUUUUAUUGACAUGUCCAAGCCUCUUGCACCUGCUCUGUAACCAGGGGUUGGGAUUAGUUAUUGUGCACCAUUGACUAAGAGUAUAUCAAAAACCCUUUAAUCUGCACAGAUAUAUGUAAGGCCUUUGUAUCUCUCGUAAUAAGUAAUUAAAAAAAAAAUAAAGGUCUUUAUCACUGCCUUUCUAUUGGGACCAUGGUUAUAUAUAGAUAGUCUUUACUUUUCUACACCAUACACUGGUUGCUGGAUUUACCUGUAUUCUUAACCAUAUUGUAUAUGCUGCAUUUAGACCUACUUAUGAGCGAAGUAAAAAUAAUUAAAUAUGAAGCACCAUACUGUAUGCCUGAAGCACUCUAAAUGCAGGAGCCUCGUGUCCCAAUUGCUGUCACAAAAAAAAAUAAUUUUUUUUAUAUAAUAAAAGUGCCUUAGCAUAUGCCUCAGCUGUGUGUCACCACUACAGUCGGUUUACUGGUGCUCCACUGAUGUUACCAAUAAAGGUUAUCCAUGUGCUGCAGUCCA